CUUCGAGCAGCUCCUGCUUUCGUCGACCGUCUGCUUUCUAUUAAUAAUCAGUCAAUCACCUCGACGCCUGUCUGCCAUGCGGCAUAGCGCCUUCUAUAAAUGGACCCUGCUCCCCACCCCCGGUUCCUUCCCCGUCUCCGCACAUCCUCGCAACCAUGACCGACCCAGAAGUCCCCGCCCAGCAAGACGCCCGGCAUCCCGCUGAUCUCGAGUCUGUCGCGUCCGCCUUAGAUCAUCUGCGCAAGCAGAAGCUCACCACCGCAAAUGUUAUGGCAAUUCUCGCCGCCGGCCUCGGCAGUUUCGUCUUUGGUUACGCCAACAACGCCACUGCUGGAUCCUUCUCCCAGACCAGUUUUAUUGAGAAGUUUCUCAGCAACGGCAACUCUGAUUCAGUCAUCGGUGGAAUGAUCGGUGGCUUCCUCGGAGGUGGUUUCGUCGGCGCUGUCAUCCAAGCUCCCAUUUCUACCAGAUGGGGUCGCAAAGUAGCUACCGGUACCGCUGCUGUUCUAGUCAUGAUUUCUGCCGCCCUCAAAGCCGGAUCUGUCAACGUCGCCAUGUUCACCGUCUUUCGCACAACUGGCGGUAUUGGCGCCGGUAUGCUUCUUGCUAACUGCCCUGUCUACAUGAGUGAGAUUGCUCCCCCGCAUCUAAGAGGUUUACUCGUUUCUGAACAUGCAAUCGGAAUUAUAUACGCCUACAUCACUUCCUCUAUCUUUGCACUCAUCUGGCACUUUGUCGACAGGCCCUAUCAAUGGCGUCUGCAGUUCGUCAUGCUCACCUUCUUUGCCCUCUUCUCUCGCUGGCUCUGUGAGAAAGAACGAUACGAUGAGGCGUGGGUUAUUCUCAAGAAGCUCAACAGAACCGAGGAAGAUCCCGAAGCAAAGAUCGCUGCCGCGGAAAUGGCUCAGAUUCGUGCUCAGAUCAUCGAAGAGCGAACACUACCCCACGGCUACAUCUAUAUCUUCAAGACUCCCCAUCUUCGACAUCGUGCAAUCUGCUCGAUCCUGACCUGGGUAAUGGGCCAGUCCACUGGUAUUCUCGUUAUUGCGAACCUCACACCAACCCUAUUUGCUGCUCUUGGAUUCGGAGUCGUGCUGCAGCUUUCGCUUUCUAUUGUCUGGACUGUCUGUGCUUGGAUUGGCGCUAUGAUUAACGCGGUUCUUAUGGAUCGCAUUGGUCGCAAGAAACUUCUGGUCACGGGAGGCUACCUCACGAGCGCAACCAUGAUCUGCGAAGCGGUUCUGCAGAAAUACUACCUUGAUGGACACAGCAAGGCAGGCACCAACGGCGCCGUUGCGAUGUUUUUUAUGUUUAUCGUAUUUUACGGGUCCACUAUCGACUGCGCAGGCUAUGUCUACGUCUCUGAGAUCUGGCCUACUCAUCUUCGAAGUUACGGUGGAACCUUGGGUCUUGGCUCGUUCUUCCUGUGCGCUAUUGCGUUUACCAGUCCAGCCACUACUGGAUUUGCAAAUAUUGGCUGGAAGUAUUACUUCCCGAUGAUUGCAACCUGCCUCGUCACUACCACUGCUGUUAUCUUUAUCUGUCCAGAGACCGCCGGCCUCACGCUCGAAGAAAUCAACGCAAAGUUCGGCGACAAAGUCGCGCUGGAAUUCCGCUCCGCCGAAGCCGUCGCCGAAGCGAUGCUCAAGCACGGCGGUAUUCACUUUGAGAACGCGCCUGACGUGCCGAUCGUCGUUGAGGAGAAGACCGUGACUCAGUAGUCGUAUUGUAGCUUUUGUAGCGAGUUUGUGUUUGUGUCUGCUGUUUUUUUUGUUGUUGGUGUUGGUCUUUUUGGGAAGCAGAAUGAGUUGAGCGAAAUGCGAAAUAUUAUUGUAGUGCACCCCCAGAGCCGGACGGGGCGAACUACCCGAUCGGAUACUUUACUGUAAAUGAAUCCUCGCGCUGCUAUAAGAAGAUAAUCACUUGAAGCUAAUUUUAUGCAUUUUCCUUACAGCUUUGCAGAUGGUGUUUGCUUUCCCCGCAUGUGCUAUGCAUUGUCAGUCCGGUGUAGGGUGGAGAUGCUCUUUUGUGUUUCUAGUCAUUCUCAGACAGCUGCGAGUAUCCUCCUGGAAGAGCGUCUUUUCUAUGAUAUUUUAGUCUGGAUAGCUGAAAUAAACUUAUCUCUGCGGUGGGCUGAUUAAACAGUCAAAAGCGUCCGUCUGGUAGUUUGUCCGGCUCGGGGGUGGAGAGCAUUAUUAUUUAUUAAAUA